UAGGAGGCAGUGUAUGAGAAAUACUUUAAAUGAACCUCAGCCAUCUCUGGCACAGUUUUAAAGGACUCUAUGAUGAUCAGACCUGGUGUUUCUACUCAAGCUCUGCAGCCAGGCCAUAGCUGGUGCAGAAAUACACUACAAGCAGCAGGAGUCUUUGGGUGGAAGAUACAAUCAAAUGAUUUUAAGGAAAAUUACAACCCAGGUACAACUCCAAAAGUGACAUACCUGCUGUAUGAAAUGAAGUGGGGCAGAAGUAAAAAGUUCUGGAGGCAGUGGUGUAAAAGCAACACAGCCCAACAUGCUGAAGUUGUAUGCCUGGAACGUGAUUUCAAGACGGCAGAGUUCAGGCCAUCAGUGCGCUGCUCCAUCACCUGGUUCCUGUCCUGGAGUCCCUGUGGGGAAUGCUGCCACUGUAUUGUGGAGUUCCUGAAGGCCCACCCCAGUGUGACUCUGAAAAUUAGAUUUGCAAGGGUCUUUAGACGUGAGGACGAAUGCAACCAACAAGGCAUCAGGAACUUGAUGAAGAACGGAGUAGACAUAGACAUCAUGAAACUGAAAGAUUACAGAUACUGCUGGAGAAUAUUUGUUGCACAUCAAAAUAGGAAGGAAGGUAACUUCUGGCCCUGGUUUCACCAGAUCGUGUUCUAUGGUCUAGCUCACCAGCGUGACCGUUGGGACUCCCUUUGUUGUCAGCAAGACAUCAGUGAGCAUCAUCAGCACCGCCAGUCUCGUCCUGUGAGACAACUAGUGCCAAAUGCUAUUACAAGAGUAUGAUGCAGCAGCUAGUGACACAGCCUUUACGUUAGAAUCUCCAGCCCCACACCGACAUCUAUCGACCUCCUCACCUGAAGCACCAGCCAGUCACCACUGCCAGACCAACAGGGCUGCAACAGGAGCCACUCAGAAACAGCCAGCAAGAAGUUCUGAAAUAUUAUUAUUAACAGGCCCUUGAGUCUCCAUAUGCAAUACAUGGGCAGGGGGAGAAGUGUGUGUGUAUGUGGAGGGGAGGGGAGUUGGGAAAUCAGUUCUUCUCACCAGCCUGGCAUGCCCUUUGAGCAGGAGCUAGAGGAGGAGGUCCCUUUGUGUGUGCAAUUGGAGACGUCUCUGUGCCUUCCCCGUUAGGCUAUGUCUACACUCUCAGUUUUUGCCAGAAAAGACAAUGCAAGUGAAGCGCUGAUUAGCAUAUUGUCACACUUUAUUUGCGUAAUCUAUUCCGAGCCGUUUUUGCGCAAGGGGUUUUUGCACAAAAUCAAGCAGUGUGGAUGUUUCCUUUUUGUG